AUGCCCCUCUCCAAAAUCAUAAUAGUCGGCGCCGGCCCGUCAGGACUCCUCCUCGCGCUCCUCCUCGCGCGCGCCGGCAUCCGCGUCGAGCUGCUCGAGCAGACCUCGGCGCUCGACACCAACCCGCGCGCAAGCCACUACACGGCCGAGUCGUGUAUGGAAUUCGACCGCGCGGGGGUGCUGGACGAGGUGCGUGCGCAAGGGUUCACGCCCGACGGCGUGUCAUGGCGGCGGCUGGACGACGACGGCGACGGGGGUAAGACGAAGACGAGGUUGGUGAUGCUGCGCAACGCUAUCGAUGACGAUGACCCGAACUCGGCGGAGGGGAGGUAUAGGAUGGUGUGUCUCCCGCUGCAUAGGCUAGGCAAGAUUCUGGAGAGGAGAUUGAGGGAGUACCAUGGGGACACGGCGGAGAUUAAGUAUGGGCAUAAGGUUGUUGAGAUUGGGGAGGAUAAGGAGCGGGGGAAGGCGCGGGUGAGGGUGGAGAAGGAUGGGGAAGGAGGGGUGAAGGAGGAGGAGGUGCAUGAGGCGGAUUAUGUGGUUGGCUGUGACGGGGCGAAUAGUACGAUCAGGAGGAAGCUGUUUGGCGAGAUGGUGUUUCCUGGCUUCACGUGGGACAAGCAGAUUGUGGCGACCAAUAUGUACUACGACUUUGAGCCGUAUGACUACGACGAUAGUCAAUUCUUUGUGCACCCGGAACAUUGGCACAUGGUCGCCAAGAUCCAGACAGACGGUCUCACUCGCGUUACAUACGGGGAACUCGGCGGGCUCACCUACGACCAGCUGAAGGAGCGGCAGCCGGCCAAGUUCCAAGCUUUUCUGCCGGGCAACCCAACGCCUGACAAAUACCGGCUUGUCAGCUUCAGCCCGUACAAGGUGCACCAGCGCUGCGUCGACAAGAUGCGCGUGGGCCGGUUCAUUCUGGCGGCAGAUGCAGCGCAUCUGUGUAAUCCAUUCGGCGGCAUGGGCCUCACGGGAGGCAUCGCAGACGUGGGCAGCCUCUAUGAGAGCCUGGUGGGCAUCCACACGGGGCAGGCUGAUGACUCGAUCCUCGACAAGUACGAUGAGGUACGGAGGAAGAUCUGGCACGACAUCAUCAACCCGGUGUCUUCGGAGAACAUGUCACGGCUGUUCAAGUACUCCGGCCCGGACGAGGCAAUGGAGAAGGAUCCGUUUUUCAAGAUGGUCUCACGGAUGCAGAAUCCUAAGGAAGGCGAGGAUGAGCCACCAAACCCGGGACUGCCGUCAUUACGGUAUGACAUGACUCAACAUUAUUUCAGAUGA